AUGAACAGAGAGGGCGGUGGCCUAGGAAAUCCUCAAGCCCAAGCAGCUUGUGCUUCAUGCAAGCACCAGAGAAAGAGAUGCGAUAGCACAUGUGAGUUAGCCCCAUACUUUCCUGCUAGCAAGUACAGGGAAUUUCAGAAUGCUCAUAGACUCUUUGGAGUGAGCAACAUACAAAAGAUCCUCAAUGCCGUCGAGCCGGAGCAGAGAGCCGCGGCGGCCGAAUCCCUUCUCCUUGAGGGCACCUUCAGGAGAGAAGAUCCGGUGUACGGGAGCUUCGGGAUUGUAUGUAAAUUGGAAUCAGAAUUAGACCUCUGUAAGCAGGAGCUCUAUGCUGUAAGCCGUCAAUUGGCCUAUUUUAAGGAGCGGGAGCAACUCCUACAGCAAAAGGAGCAGUUAGAGGGCAUACUGGAGCCCAGUGGAUUUUACUUCGGUGAUGAUGGUAAAAAGUUGGAUCAGGCAUACCAUUAUCAAUCAACAUUAGAAGUGGGAGAAGAUGUAAAACCCUUUGAUAUCCAAUCAGAUGAAAUGAUAGAAUUCAGUUCUCAACCCAAGGCUCAUGUAGAUGGCUCCCAAACUAUAGGCUUGUCUCAAGAUCAAGGGGAAGGCUAUUUGGAGACCAAGAAAGAAACAUAA